AUGUAAGACUUUUAGCCUGGAGAUGUCAUUGCUUAAGAAUAUCAAAUUAUUACUAUGUUAGCAUAGGGAUCAUUUGGAAAAGUUUAUUUGGGGAAAUCUUAGACUAAAAACAUGAAUGUAGCAAUUAAAGUAGAAAAGACUGAGGUUUCAUAUUUCAAUAGUUUAACCAGAGAGGUAUAUUCAUGAAUAAAUUGUUAUUAGAUUGAAAUUUUGAAAAUAUUAGAAGGAGUUCCAUGUGUACCUAAAGUUUUUUGGUCAGGAUCAGAAAAAGGUAUGAAGAUUAUGAUCCAAAAUCUUUUGGGAAAAGAUCUUAUACAUUAUAAGAAAAAAAUGAAGAAAUUUUCAUAUGAAUGUGUUUGUAAUAUUGCUUAUUAGAUGAUUGGAAUACUUGAAUAAAUUCAUAAUAAGUAAGAAUUUUAUCAAAAUAUGAAGAAACAUUAUUCAUAGAGAUCUUAAACCUGAAAAUAUCUUAGGAGCAUCACAAUCAGAUAAAAUUUAUCUAAUUGAUUUUGGUAUUGCUAAGAAUUUAGAAUCAAAUAAAAAAAACAAAGAGAAAAUUUCAUUUAUUGGAACUACUAGAUAUGCUAGUAUAGCUGCUCAUUUAGGAAAAGAAUAAAGCAAAAAAGAUGAUUUAGAAUCUUUAGGUUAUAUAAUACUUUAUUUUCUAAAUGGAAGCUUACCUUGGAUGAAUGUUGAGAAGGAUGACAAUGAGAGAAUUGAAAAAAUUGGACUUUUGAAAAAAGAUAUGUCUCCUGAAGAAUUAUGUGAAAACUUACCAAAUUCAAUUUUAAAGUAAAAACCCUUAAACUUAUUAUUAGUAUAGAUAUAUGAAGUAUGUCAAGGGACUGUCUUCUAAAAUGAAACCUAAUUAUUCAUAAUUAAAAGAGUUAUUUACUAUUGUUAACCAAUAAUCAAAUAUGCCAUUUGAUUGGAAUAAAAGAGCUAAAGUAAAUCGGAAAAUGAAUUCUAAUAAAUCCAUUAAAACAUCUAAAUCUGCAAAAGUGUUUAGCAAAUCUAAAUCACAAUUUCGAAAAACUUAAAAUAAUAUCCCCUUUGAAUCAUCAUAAAAACUUAUUCAAUAACCACAAACUCCUAUUAAAAAAUUAUAUAAAACAUAUGUGUCUCCAGAGUCUCAAGAUAAAACUGUUUAUCAUUCUAGUGAUGAUAAUCAAUAAUAAAGUAGUCUGAGUGAUGAAAAAAACAGUAAAGAAAGUGUAAAAGUAGGAUAUUCAAUUAGUUAUGAACCUUCAAAAUUUUCUAGAUAUUCUUAACAUAAAAAAAGUCCAAUCUAAUUAUAAUAAAAAGAAAGAGCGAGAGUUUCUACUCUUGAUGCCAAUCCUUAAGACUUAUUUAUUAUGCCUCUUCAAUCAGAAUAAUAAUUAUAAGAAUUUGAAAACUAAGAUUUAGCAAUAAAGUAUAACUUGUUAUUCUAUAAAUCAAUCUUGUACAAUUACAAAAACCCUAUUCAAGAUUUCAAGUCAAUUCAUUAUAAUUUUCUUGACUGA